AUGCGUGCCACCGUUUCUCUGCGUAACGCUGCCCGGACCCCUCUUAUCCGCUUCGUGGGCAAACGUUCUAUUCCUCAGUCUGUUGACCACAGCCCCCGGCCUCACCCGGCCUCUCCCACCGGUGUCCUUCCAGACUCCUUCGCCGCCUACCGCGCAAAGGCGCAGCAGCACGGGCCCCUCGGACGCGCUUCGUUCUCUCAGGGCUCCGUUGGCCGUAGCCCUGGAGUUUCUCUUGGACCCAUCCAGCCUCAGCAGGGCGUGUUUUUCGAUCGCGCCGACCUCCCCACUCGUUUCCACCGCCUCCCUUACAGCGAGGCCGAAAUUGAGGCCAUUGAGACUGGCGGCGCCAGCCUACACAUUUGA